AUGCUGGGGGAACUGCCCCCCAUCGUGGCGUUGCCGUCAAAUCCGGCGGACGCUCUUCGGCCCGUUCCGGUCUUUGGGCACUCCACAGGGCUGUACGAGACCAGGCUCGCCCGCCGCCACCAUCACCACCACCACAGGGACAAUGGUGUGUGUGUGGGAAAUGCCGGUGGUGACGCCACGGCAGUGUCGCCAGUAGUGCAUAAAAAAGUCGAUGUUUCGCAGUCACACUUUUCUAAUAACCGAGGCGAGCAGAAGGCGGCGCCGGUGCUGCCACAAGCCGCAGCAAAAGGUGAGUUCAAUAAUGCUCAACCUUCGGUUGCUCUUAAUGGAAAUAACAUGGAAACGCUGACGGAAAAGGAUAUCGACGUCCUGCUUGAGGUUUUAGAGACUCGCUACGAGAAGUAUUUGUCAGCCAAGCAGCAGAUCACGGAGCGGUACCUUAUCCGCAUAGAGACGGAUGUAGAUCGUUUUCUGACGACAUACCACGGCGGUGGUUCCUCUUCUCCCUCCCGGUUCGGAGGUGGUGUUGCGUCCUUUAUCAAAAACACAUUAGUAUCACGGAUUCCGUCGCCGCAGCGGCUCCGAAGCGGUGGCAAUGAGGGUCGAAAGGCUGAAAGGGCUGGUGAUGAAAACUACAAUGGGGGCGGUGGCACUCGAGACGACGGCCUACCCAGUUUACAGGAAUCCUCCUACAAGGCAAAUGCAAUUUCUUUUAACUACUUGGAUGUGCGACCAACGAACAUGGGGUCCAUUGCUGCCAACCUUGUGGUUCUGCGGCAUUGUUUGGCAGAGUGUUUUUCACCGGGAAGCAGGGUGAAAAAGUCACUAUUGGACCCCGUUGUGCGAGGUGUAUGGGAUCAAUCACUGAGGCCGAUAAAAAACAGUGCCAUGGAGCUUUUGGGAGCAGCGCAGCAAAACGUGCGGCCACCGCUAGAUUAUCUUUUUUCCCUGGGGCAGCAGGGGGAUGCUGCACUGUGGAGUCAGCGGUGUGCGAGGUACGACCGCAUUGUAAAGGCGUUGCUGGACGAUUUGAAGUAUCUCCACACCGUUGAGGAGAUGGACAGGGAAGCGAUUGAGGAGCCGAUGCGGGCGCGGCAAGCCGCAGACGAGGGACUGUCGGACUGCGUCCCUGUCAGUGGAUUGGUGCUUUCACGUCUGCACCGUUUGGAAAACGAACACCGAACCGCUUGGGAGUUUUGGCGGAACCGAUAG